AACCCUGGAUUAGUCGCACAGCUGUAAACGAAUUUCAGGUUUUCCAGCCCUUCCCGCUGGCCGUCCCUUCUGUGGAUGUGGACUCGGCUGAUAGCGAUAGCAAUAGCUAGCUCUCCGCUGUUCUCGCCGCCUCUCGCUCGUUCUCUGGCACGCCAAGUGGAAAAAUGGGAAAUAAAAUUAUAAAUAUGCCAGCAGUGUGGAUCGGAACACAAUGGUUAGUCAUUCUGUGAGUUGCGAUGGCAGCGAGCGGUACUAACUUGAACAGUGGAAUAUGCCCGGUGGCUGGGGACUCCGGCUGCCGCGUAAAUCCUCCGGACCAGGCGCGCUACGACAACUACCGCAUUUACAACGUGGAGUUCGAGAACCAAGAGCAGAUAGAACUUUUCCAGAAGCUGGAGGAGCAGAGCGACAGCCUCACAUUCAUCGGCCAUGCUCGCGAGAUUGGCCAGAAGUUGUCCAUUCUGGUAGCGGCCCAUCGCGUGGCAGAUAUCGCUGAUCUGCUGAAGACCUACAAGGUCAAGCAUAGAGUGUUGACCUACAACUUUCAGGAGAAGAUCGACCGCAAUCUGGCCGAAGUUCAACCGGAAAGCAUUGAUGCCUCGCAGCUCGACUGGCAGCACUUCUUCCACCUGAAGACCAUCUACGAGUGGCUGGACAAAAUGGCCGAGAAGUACCCAAAUCGCGUGACCGUACUGGAUAUGGGCAGCAGCACCCAGGGCAACGCAAUCAAGGGCGUAAAGCUGACCAGCAAUGCUAAUAACAAGGCCAUCUUCAUUGAGAGUGGAAUUCAUGCCAGGGAGUGGAUUUCCCCAGCCGCGGCCACUUACAUCAUCAACCAGCUUCUGACCUCCCAGGAUCCGAAGGUGCAACAACUGGCCCAGAACUACAACUGGAUUAUCUUCCCCUCUGUUAAUCCCGAUGGCUACAAGUACACAUUCGAGCACGACCGAAUGUGGCGCAAGAACCGUCAGCUGUUUGGCACCUGCCGCGGCGUGGAUCUGAACAGGAACUACCCCGACCACUGGAACUCGACGGGAUCCAGCAGCGAUCCCACCCGCUACGAUUAUGCAGGACCCUCCGCUGGAAGCGAACUGGAGACCAAGCGCUUGAUAGAUUUCAUACGCGCAAAUGCGGACAAAGAGCAAAUAAAGACAUACAUCGCUCUUCACUCCUACUCUCAAAUGCUAAUGUUCCCAUACGGUUACACCAAGGAGCGGGUGUCCAACUACGAUGACCUGCAGGAGUUCGGCAAGAAGGCAUCGGCCGCAAUCAAGGCGGAGAGCGGUAGGGAUUACGUGAGUGGUAGUCUGUUCGAGACCAUCUACCCGUCGAGCGGCGGCAGCAUGGAUUGGGCGCAUUCAGAGGCGGGUAUUCCGAUUGCCUACACCUUCGAGCUGCGUGGUCCGCCAGACAGCCAGGACUUGUUCAUUCUGCCCGCCGUGGAGAUCCAGCCCACGGCCAGCGAAGCCUUCACUGCCAUUCGUACCAUCGUGGAGGCGGCGGCCGAGAAGGGCUACUACAAGUAAGCACAAUGAUAUUAUGCAGCAAGCAUUUUCUACGUUCAACGAUAUAUUACUUUAUCAUUUUAAAAAUAAACACACGUAAACGCAAAA